AUGUUUUUAUCUGUGGACAAGGAGGACAAUUCGGAAGGUAUCACAAAAUGUAAGCUGGAAGAACAGGAGGUGAAUCCACUUUCGGAUGUGGCGAGUAGAGAUAUGAAAGGAGUACUGAAUGAUCACUUCAUCAGACAAAACAAUAACACAAUGGGGAAAGAAACUGUGAUGAAUAAAAAAAACGAACAUGUUGAAAAUAUAUCGAAUGAGCAAAAUGAAAGAAAAGAAAAUGUAGAAACACCAAUGCAGUAUACCUUAAGUAUGUUAGACGAAUUCGUGUCCAAAACGAGUGAAUAUUCGAAGCUAUUUUUGAGCCAUUUUAAUGAAGAGGAAUCUCAGGUCGUACAAAAAGACAAGAGUACAAAUUUGUUGAUAGACCACAAGGGUGUUAGCCAAGUGGAAGGCAAACAAAGUAUUCACUCUGUGGAGAACGAUAGUCAUAUGCUUCAAAAUCGAGAAAAGGAAAAUAUUAUGACCGAAUGUCAAAGGACCAUGUUCCUUCCAGAUUAUAAUGAAAACGAUACGAAAAAGGAUUUUUACAUGAACAGUUGUAAGCAUGAAGAAAUAUUUCAUGAGUCGAAUAAUGUCUACUCGUGUUACUCAAGCCAUGCGUUUGAGCAUCCAGAUAACACCACAACAUUCAAAGGGAAGAAUAAAUUUGGACAAACAUCUGCAGAUGCUGAUUUUGGUGGUGGAAAGAAUCAAAAUGGGAAGAUUCUCCAUGCGGACAAUAAUGAAAAGACCGUUAACGAUGCAGACACACACACGGAUGAGGAUGCCAAACAGGAAAGGUACUCUACAUAUAGCACUGGAAAAAGUAACUCCUAUGAUUAUAUUCAGAAAUAUUCUGACGAGGAAAUGAGCGAAGAUGUAAAGGAUGAAGAGGUUGGAAAGAGUGAAAGUAAGAACGAACAUCAAUUGAGUAACACAAUUGGAAAACCAGCAUUAAGUAACAAAUCGCUAGAAGAACUGAACUACAGCAACAGGAAAUCUCACUCCCCCUCUCUCAUGGAGAAAGAAGGCUUGUUAGAUAUUUCCUCCAUAGCGGAUGAGGCAAGGAAGAGGGUGUAUGCUGAGCUGGGUUAUAACUUAAGCGAUCUAAACAAUUUGUGCGUGCCCCUCAAGGGGAAGAACACAGAGAAGGACGUGGAAGACUUUUCUAGUGGGGACUCCAAGAAGACUGCUAUCCAGAAGGAGAGCAAACCGGAUGAAGCAUUCCAGUCGUCGCAUAUGGGAAGCAACACCGAAAGCGAUACCUGCAGUCAGAGCGGCGGAAGCAGCAGAAACGGCUCCGCCGAGUUGGAAAAAAUAUUUACCAAGUACCAAUUUGAGGUCUCUCAUGUGUCCAAAUACUUCGACUUUGGGAAGAACGAACAAAAGGAAAGUGCCGAAGUGGUGGACGAGGAGGUAGAGGGAGAGGCACACGAAGAGGCAGAAAAGGAACAGGGGCUGCAUGCUCAUGCUCAGAGCGAAGACGAGGCGCACCCAUUUAACGUGGAGGCGCUGAAAAAAACGUCCUCCAUGAACUUCUCCUGCGAGGAAGAAUCCGUCAACCUAGAUGUGUACACGACCAACUACAUAACGGAGGAUGUGCUCAAGGAAGUACUAAACAUAAAGGAGGAAAGAAUCACCUUUGACACAUUUAAGAAUGCCUCCUCAGAUGUAAAUUACGAAAUUAGUUUGCCCGACAUCGACCUACUCUACAAGGCUAUUUUGCGUCAUCGUAAUGGUAAUGCAAAGGAGGAAUCUAUGGCGGACUCUUCACCCAACUCUGAUGAUGGAAACUUGGAGAAAAAGUGCGCUAGCGAUGAAAAAAAAAAUCAGGAAGAAAAAUAUAUAACCCUCGCUGAUAUAAAAUCAUAUAUCAUCGAAAGAAACGAAAAAAAUAGUAACUACUUUAACGAAAUUAUGAAGAUGGUGGUCCAUUUUAAUAACAUGUUUUUACUAAUGAGGAGUAACAACCAUGUGGAAGUGGAAGACAAAAUAUUGUUUGAACUGGUGUCUCUUAAAUUUGCAUCAUUAUUUAACGAUGUCCUGAAGGUACAGAACAACUUCGACAACCUGAUCAAACACAUAAACGAAAUUAUUAAAUUAAUUCUCUUAGAGGAGGAUUCCAAGAAGAGAAGCUUGAAGGAUAUUAUAUCGGGUUACUUAACCAGUCAGAACAUUCUGGUUCACAAGAAUGAGAUCCUCUCGCAGAUGAGCGCCACCAGUCACGCGCAGGAGGAGAAAGACAAUGUGGGGAGCAGUGGCGAAAAUGCUGGGCAAGUGCUGGGCGAAUGCGUAAGCUCGGCAGCAGGUAUGGACGUAGCGGGAAAGACCUCCGUAGAGGGAGACGCUCCUCCUGACCAGCAAUCAAAGAUUACCAGCACUCCCGCCACGGAUGAAGGGGAAAAUGCGUUGACACACGCGAAAACAGAAGGAAUGGAUUCCUCCAUGAUGGACAAAGAGGGGGAUACCAUAUCAGCAAUCAAGUUGAUAGAUGCAGAGAACAAUACUCGUAAUUUGACCAAGGACAUUAUAAUGGGUGAAAUAAAGAAAACCAAGAAGGAAGGCGCAGGUAAGGAUGAAGUGAAGAAACAUUCGACUUCCUGUGCGAAACGGAAGAGCAAAGGGUUCGGCACGUCCUUCCACAAGGAGUUGGCUCCCUCGAGCGCCAGCAGCGCUAUGAGCUGUAGCAACGCUAUGAAUGGAAACACUGCAGGAGGUGAUCCUAGUGACAACAAAUCCCACAAGAACAUAAACAAGACGAACGCAGAACCCGCCGCAUGCAAAAAUGCCAAACUGAAGGAUUUGAUGAUCAGAAAGACACGUGAAAAACAAGCAGGCACAAAGGAGCUAACCAAAAGUGAGGAAGAAAAUGAAAAAAAUAUAAAAAUGAAUAAAACAAAAAAAAUGAAAAAAAAGAACAAAGGACAGACAGGGGAUGAGACAAAUUCAAGCGAUCUAACGGAUGGAAAGAAAAAAAAUGAAUUAGCAAAAAAUUUGAAGCAGAAAAAAACGACAGCAAUCUCCAAAACUGUAGAAGAAAAAACACCCCUGGACGUUAAAAAGGUGGAAACCAAUGAGAAGGGCCAAAAUGCUCCAGUGGAAAUUAAAGGGAAAAGCAAAAUUUUGUGGCCCAAUAACUUCAGCAUUAAAAGGGACAAUCUGGACCAGGGAAACAAUAAGAAAGUGGACUCUAGGGCAACCCUCAAUAUUAACUAUCCUAAGUAUAGCAGGGACGACAACACACACGCCGUUGGGAGUUAUAUGAAGAGGUACGGUUCGACCAUCGCGGCUAGUGCAACCGCAACCGCAGCAGCAGCAGGUGUGGUUGAAACUACGGUGCCUUUCGCGAAUGCGCACUUGGUGCAGCAGAGUAAACACGCCCCCCAGGUCAGGUGUUUGCACAGGAAGGGGCUGCCCGUUGUGCCCAGCCUAAGCAGUGCCCACAUGCACAGCGUCAGCGUGAACAGUGCACUUGUGAACAGCGCCUAUGGCAGGGCAAACAUGUCAAACGGCAUGGCUCCCUACGAGAUUAAAACGCAAGACAGGACUUCCAUGACGAAUUUGCCAAACUUCAAGGACACUUGUAAAAUGCGAAUGGGCAUUUCUCCCCUAAGUAGACUCCACCCAGUGCGCGAAAUGAAAUCGGAAAAUUAUUUGUGCAGGGAAGUACAGGGCAAAGGUACUGCUGCAGGGAAGGAGAUGACUGGCCAGAAUCACAGCUACGAUUUUAUUUAUAAUUACAGCGGAAAGUUGGCCCAAGUGAAAAACAGAAAUGAUAACCUUCCAACUGAAGUGGGACAAGUGGCGGGAACGGUGGCUGGGGUGAGUGUCCCUGAGGGUAAAACUAAUCCAGCCAACAUCCCUGUGACAAACCUCAUCAAAGGAAGUAACCAACUGUGGGGUCACCAAAAAACACAGGUCGGAGUUUCGAAAGAGAACACACUGAUUCAAAAACCUAAGGUUAAUUUGGGAGAAGUGGACAAAAAGCAUGCCUUAGGGAUGACACCAGAAGAACAAGUUAACCAGCUUAAAAAGGAAAGCAAAGAUAGCAAUGAUGGUAAAGGGUCGGACCCUUGCCACAAUGGCCUUGCCAAAGAGAAAAAUGCUUACCCUGUUAACCCAAGGAAUGAAAAUCCCUCGGCCCUACAAUCCAAAAUUAUGGACAGCAAACGUACCAGCAACAUAAACCACUUUCGAAGGCAAACCCCCUUCACAAACAAAAGGUACAACAAUGGGUACAACAAAAUGAUAAACCCUAAUGUAUACUCAGGCUUUAAGAGAAAUAUGAACAGCUUUAACGAUGCGAAUAACGGCUUGCUGCAUGCACAGGGUUCUGCACACCCGAGCAGAUAUGCUAGCGCCAAGAGCAAUGAUCACGCAGAGCACGUAAAACAGGGUGACAAGAAAAAAGAAGACAACCGGGAUGUAGCCAACUCUAAUAAUUUGGAGAGCAAUUUGAAAAACCUAACCAACUUUAAGAAGCUAGCCAAUUUGAAAAAUUUAAUAAACUUGGGAAACGGGUUCAACGAAAAAAAAACUUCCCCAGGGGGUGAAGCGAGUGAGAAGGAAACGAUCGAAACGAAUGAAAAGCAGGGGAUAGAAGCGAAUGAGAAGAAAGGGAAAGGGACCGAAACCAAGUCAGCAUACAACAGAUUUACCGAAAUUGUGACAAAUAAAAUUAAAAACUUUACCCUCCGAAGUAGUAAAUCGGUUAGAUGUACUACGAAUAAUGAAAGCGUGCCUUUCUGCAACCCCACGGAUGAGGGGAAAAAGGACAAAAGUGGUCAACUGAACAAGGAGGCGGGCAACAAAGCAGGAGAGAGUAACACCAAGGAUGUGCAUAGAAACACACACAGCCAUGAGAACUGUUUCGCGAACGAGAAUAGCAACAACCCCUGCGAUAAUAAAAAGGGCGGAAACAUCGUCAGCAGCUUCAUGGGACAGCUAAAUUUUUUCCAAAGCAAAUGCGAGUCGGAGAAGGCGGGCGCUAAUGAUGAGAAGGAGAGUCAGUUAGACAAGGCAAGUAAGGUGCAGGAAGAAGAUCAAAGCAAGGAAAACGCAAAAGAGAACGGUGGAAGCUCAGAAACGGAGAAGGGAGAAACAAAGUCCCUGGAGACAGACUCAACCAACAAGCCAGGUGAGCAUAAAGACAGCGAGAAAGAUAAGAACGGCGAUAACACCAAUGACAAAGUUAGCAGCUAUUUGUGCAAAAUGAAAACGCAAGAUGGGGCAAAGAAAAGGGUCAAUAGCAUGUAUACUAGGAAGACCCAUGCAUUGGGCACAGCCAGUGGAGGAGGGAUUGGCAUCGUGCAGGGAGCAGGCUCUAUGAAUAAUCGCACGAGUAACAACGCUAUUGCCCAUUUGAGUAACUACGCGAAUGUCCACCUGAACCAUCCAAGCGGCAUGCCAAACUGGAUGAAAGGUACAAAGGGGAGCAUAAGUGGCACAAAAUGUUACAGUGAAAUUUCCAACGAUCAAGGACAAACAGGUAGCAAUGUUGCAUUUGCACCUAACAGGAGUGUCAAAUCUGUGGAGGGAUCACAUAAGACAAAUUACAAUUAUCGCGGUGGUUCCGCAACCCCGACGCACCACGCAGCGCGGUCAUCGUACGAGGCAUUCGCGCCAAACGGAGCGCUCCUAUCCAUGAGUACGAAAAAAACCAACUCUCACUUCGUUUACCACAACCAGCCAAGCGGGGAAUUCCUUUUCCCAUUCCAAAAGCGAAACAGUACCUUACACAACCCCAUGUCCGUGGCCAAAUUUCAAGAGCAUCAAAAAAAAGUGGCAAAUUCAGCAGAGAUCGAAAAGGACUUCCUCAACAAGUGCGAAAUGAAUGCAAAGCAGCAACAUAUUUCCUUCACGAACGACCACAAAAGUCUUUUUAGGAGCGAGCAAAUGAACCAAACAGGGUACCCCUGCAGGAAUGCAGACGGCAGUAAUGAGAUCAGCAAAAUGGAACAGCACAGUAAUAGCAAGAUGUCCUUUAUUAACCCCUUUGUCCAAGCAGAACCUGCUUUGAAGGGAAUGGGUUCUAUACAUCUAAGUAACAACACCUUGGUAGGUAAUGCGAAUGCGGGAAACCAGGAUAACAAUUACCCCUUUUUUAAAGAAAAGCUAACCUCUCUACAAGAGAAGAGGAGGAACAGCAAUGUCCCAAUGAGUAGCUUCAAUUUGCAUAGCUCCCAAGAAAAGCUUAACCGAAACUGCAUACUCAAGACUGCUUCUAUGCAUAAGAACUGCGUAUUGGAGUCCUCCAGCCAAGGGUGGAGAGGCAAUGCGUACAAAACAGGGGCCAACUAUAUGCAACCCAGCGGUGCCACAUGCAUGCCAAAUACGAGGGUAGUACACUUGCUUCCGAACAGCUCUACACAGUACACUCCACACAACGGAUCAGCAAACCACUUCAACCCAGCUAAUCUGUGGAACCCCCAGGGUUUCACGAAAGAAACCGUGCCCCCCCUACAACACAAAAAGGAUGGAAGCGUCUCUGUCGUGUCCAACUUUGUAAAUGCAUACCAUAAGGGUACCCCCUCAAAUGACAACCACAUGGUCCAUCCCACCAUCGAUGAAAGUAAAGUAUCCAUAGAACAGUUAAUGAAAAUUCCAGGUGUCCAGUUAGGAAAGAAUUACAUACAAGACAUAGAUAUCUGCUCAGACUGGCUUAAGUUUAACGACUAUGAUAAGAAGGUAAUCAAACAGUCCCUAAUGAAUAGCUUGGAGAAUAACAACUACAAAAAUUUUAUGGACUCUAUGCAAUUUAACAAGGGGGUUUUUCCCGGAGUCAAUUAG